UGAACACAACGUAUCAAACCUGCAGAAACAACUAACAAAUAGCGUAAGCGGAGUUUUCACCUUAGAGGCGCUGUGUCAAUCGAUUAUUUAUUCCACUGAACGGUAGAUGGAAGUGUUGCUGGAUUGGAACUACGCUGUCUACUUCAUUUGGUAUUGAAUGGGCAGGCAGCCUUAUCAGCCUUCGGCCACACUGCUUUCCAUGCGUUCGAUGCAAACGUAGGCAUAAAACCGGUUCGCUCCACGCUCGCUUGUUCAUUCGGUGGCGAAUACACGAUUCUUAUGUGCUUGCGUUAUUCAGUGAAAGUGAGUGCUUCAGUUUGCCAGGAAAAAAAUAUACACGCGCUGUUGCAAUAUGGAAUAUAAAGUGGCCUCCCCAGCGGUUCUCCGGGAGCCUCUGGUUGUACCGGAAAAGCUACUCAUGGGCCCGGGGCCAUCGAACGCUCCACAGCGCGUGCUGGAUGCCAUGAGUAGACCUAUUCUGGGACAUCUUCAUCCGGAGACGUUGAAAAUUAUGGAUGACAUCAAGGAAGGUGUUCGGUAUCUGUUUCAGACGAAUAACAUAGCCACCUUUUGCUUGAGUGCCUCGGGGCACGGGGGGAUGGAAGCUACUCUCUGCAACCUGCUGGAGGAUGGCGACGUGAUACUGAUCGGCCAUACCGGUCACUGGGGUGACCGAUCAGCCGAUAUGGCUACACGAUAUGGAGCCGAUGUAAGGACUGUGAAAUCCAGUGUUGGUCAAUCGCUUAGCUUGGAGGAAAUCCGUAGCGCAUUGCUGCUCCACAAACCAUCGGUGCUGUUUCUGACACAGGGCGAUUCCUCGACGGGCGUUCUUCAGGGUCUGGAAGGUGUUGGAGCGCUCUGUCACGAGCACAACUGUUUACUGAUUGUGGAUACAGUUGCCUCCCUAGGAGGAACACCGUUCUUUAUGGACCGCUGGGGAAUUGAUGCAGUUUACACGGGAUCACAGAAGGUGCUGGGAGCGCCACCCGGCAUAACUCCUAUGUCAUUCAGUCAUCGUGCAGUUGAGCGCUACAAACGUCGCAACAGCAAGGUCAAAGUGUACUACUGGGACAUGGCCCUGGUGGGGGAUUACUGGGGAUGCUUUGGAAGACCAAGAAUCUACCAUCACACAAUUUCCGCCACUCUGCUGUAUGGGUUACGCGAGGCGAUCGCAUUGGCGUGCGAGGAAGGACUUCCCGAGCUGAUAGCACGCCAUCAAGGCUGUGCCAAGCGUCUCUAUAGGGGACUAGAGUCUGCCGGAUUUCAGCUGUAUGCCGAUCCGAAGGACCGCCUCUCGACCGUUACCACAAUCAAAGUGCCGUCGGGUGUAGACUGGCUGAAGGUUGCUCAACACGCAAUGAAAACUUAUUUGGUCGAGGUUAGCGGAGGUUUGGGACCCACUGCCGGACAAGUAUUUCGAAUUGGAUUGAUGGGCCAGAACGCAACAACCGAGCGAGUUGAUCGCGUACUGCAGGUCUUCAGGGAUUCAGUAAAAGCGAUGUCACCCGAGGUUCAGGUUAAGGGAAAAAUGUGAAUAAAAAUUGUAAAUUGAA